AUGGGCAAUUGCUUGUGUAACGAUCCACUAGAUGAAAUUGAUGUGUUUCAAGUACCAAAUCAUGCAGAGACUGAAAAUACUGUAUUUCCAGAAUCAAGUGUAGGUACAGUUGCAUCUGGAGAAGUGUCUUCUAGCACUUUUAAAUUUCCAACUUCAGCAAAUAUUGAUAAAUUAGUACUUGAAACUCUUGGAGUUAUUGGUUUUCUUGUUGAUAAUGAGCAAGAGCCUCCACCUGCAAUGUUAAAAUUACAUGCAAUUGCUGAUAAAGAAGAUGGCUGGAUACAAGUUGUUAGUUCAAUGGUUAAUGUUAUUCCUAUGCAUAACCCAUUAGGUCCUUCUGUUAUUACUCUUUUAUUAGAUGAUUGUCCAUUACCUUCAAAGGAAUCAGUUCUAAGAUUGUCACAUAUGUUUCAAUUAUCUCAAAAACUUGGAAAUGUACAGACCAGUGCAACUCAACAGCGUAACAUCUGUGUUGUAUUGGGUUGCAUAGCAGAAAAGCUAGCUGGUCCAAGUAGUAUUGCUAUAUUAUCUGAUGCAACUUUGGAUUAUCUUAUUUCAAAUCUAAAAGAAGAUAUUGACCCUUAUGUGGUAUUAUAUUCAUUAAUAGCUUUGGAAAAAUUUGCGCAAACAAGUGAGAAUAAGAUCACUAUCAAAAAACGUUUAAUGGCAGAAAAACCGAAUCCGCUAUUAGAAUUGGAAAAAUGGGCAACAGAAAAUCAUUAUGUACGUCGUCAAGUAGGCUUUUGCGCGCGAUGGUGUUUAGAUAACUUAUUUUUAAUGGAAGGUAGGAAGUAUUCUCAUGAUUCAGUUGAUACAACUGGUAUUAAUGUAAUGUUAAACACAAAGGAUGUAAGUGAGUACCUGAAAAUAUCACCUAAUGGUUUGGAAGCUCGAUGUGAUGCAUAUUCAUUUGAAAGCGUAAGAUGCACGUUUCAAGUAGAUUCAGGAAUUUGGUACUAUGAAACACUUGUCAUAACUACGGGCGUAAUGCAAAUAGGAUGGGCUACAAAGGAUAGCACAUUUUUAAAUCAUGAAGGGUAUGGUAUAGGUGAUGAUGAAUAUUCCUUGUCCUAUGAUGGUUGUCGUAGAUUAAUCUGGUACAAUGCAAAAAGUGAAAAAUAUCAUGAAAGACCAUGUUGGAAAGCUGGUGACAUUUUAGGUUGUUUAUUAGACUUGAAAAAAUUAGAAAUAAUAUUUUCUAUAAAUGGUGUACCACUCAAACCAUGUGUUCAACUUUUUAAAAAAGUGCGGUCUGGAUUUUUUGCGGCAGCUAGUUUCAUGUCAUUCCAGCAAUGUCUUUUUAAUUUCGGGAAUAUACCUUUCAAGUAUCCUCCUACUGAUCGCGAAUAUCAGAAGUUUAACGAUUAUGCUACUUUGAAGCCUGAGGAUAAGGUUGUGCUUCCUAAACACAUAUAUUUAGCUCAACUGAGAAAGCUUAGUGUUAGAGAAGAUUCAUGUACAUUGUGUUUUGACCAAAGAGCUUCAGUAAGAUUGCUACCAUGCAAUCACAGAGGAUUCUGCCAAACGUGUUCGAAUCAGCUGGUAGAGUGUCCAAUGUGCAGAGCUACAAUUAAAGAAGUAGCUACCGAUAACACAUGACACCACAAAAGCACACCAGCAUUUCUUAAUACUCUUUCACUACUUUUCUCAUAUUACACUAUUCUCAGGAACUGUCGCAAAUAAUCACAAUUGCAACGUCGUCUGUAAUACAUGUUGGAUAUGGUUAUAAUAUUUUAUGCAUUUCCUUUCUUACAAUACAGUAUUUUAAAUCAAGAGAAGAACUACAAAUCAGUUGCAGAAAGCAGAAUCGUAUUUAAAUGCAUCACACCCUUAAGACACAUCAUUGUGAACGUUACAUUCAAAUAUGUAGAUAUAAUACACAAAUGAUUAUGCUAUAAAUUCGAAUUACAGAGGAAUAUCACGUUACAUCU